AUGACAACCAUACUUACAACGGACUGGCCUACACAUGCGGCGUGCGAGGGAUUAUCUGGCGUUUACCGCCAUCCAUUCCAUGAGCCGAGCGAUGACUUCGACGUGCGCAUAGAAGACCGCGCUACUCCGGCCAACGAGCGCAACAUGUGCGCGCUCUCUGCAGUCCUGCGCUCGAAGCCGGAGUGGUGGACCAAGUUUACGGACUCAACCAUUCGCUCGCGAUGGAAGUCCGAAGCGAUCGGCGCGCCAGUUCCCUACGGAGAAAUAUCGCUGAAGAAAGACGAAGUGGAAUACGUGCUCGACGAGCUCGCACAUUACGCUGCAUUGCGAGAUCCUACAACGGGCAUAGAGGUGUCCAUCGCUGCUCGUAUCUGGCAGUCUGACACCCUCGUGGAUGAAAGUCUGCGCGACGAGCUCCUGUCAUGCGUUGCAAAGCUCGAGGACGUGCCUGAAGAUGAAAAGGACUGGCAUUCUCGGGCGAAUGGUCAAGUUCUGGACCUCGUUCAUCCAUCCCUCUACCCGGUCGUGUACGGUCGCACGGUGGUCUCCGAGUCUCCAUCGCUACGCGAAGAGAGAGACAUCCCUCUUCCGCAGUACACCACAGACCCGAGUGCUGUAGACCUGGACUACGGCGGCGAUUUCCGCUUAUCGAGCGACUUCCACAGUUCUACUUCGGUCAACACUGCCUUCCUGUCGAAACGUUUUCAGUGGCUACCUACCGACUUCGAAGUAUCUGCUGGUGGCAACUCUGCUCGCGCUCUCGGUUACAUCAAUAACCUCGAACCUCGAACCCAUCUCAACGCCUACCCGGUUCUCGAGCGUCUUGUAGCGCAUUUCGUCCCGCUAUGGGAGCGUGUGCUUGGCGAGACAGCUGCAGGUUAUCUGCCGCCUUCGCGCACCAAGGGCGGGUACCAGAAGGACUAUCUCAGGGAGUUUACGGAAGAGGAGGGGGAGAAUGGCGAAGAGCCACAUUGUGCGAUAAUACUACCCAAGCUAGAGGGCCCAUUCACAGCUCAUCCCGCCCCUCCUACUGUCAAUCUCCGUGGAAAGACGCUGCAAGUCAUUGUCAAGCUGGCAAACAUCCAUCUAACGCCUGACGCUUCCGAAUACCCUGGUGGCUCCUGGCAUGUAGAGGGCAUGAUCAACGAAGCCAUCGUGAGCACAGGCAUCUACUACUACGACGAGGACAAUGUCACGGAAAGCCGUCUGGCGUUUCGCACCGCUGUGAAUGAUCCAGGCGUUCAUUAUGAACAGGACGACAGCGUCGGCUCUAUGACGACGUAUGAACUCGAUCGAGACGAGCCACUUGUACAGACCUUGGGUGCAGUUGCGACGAAAGCAGGCCGCUGCAUCGCUUUCCCCAAUAUCUACCAGCACCAGGUCCAACCCUUCGCUCUUGCCGAUCCGUCUCGACCGGGAUACCGGAAGAUCCUUGCACUCUUCCUUGUCGACCCCAGUCUCGAAUAUCCACGACCAUCAACAACCUUCGUUCCCCCACAACAGCGCGGGUGGAUGCGUACCACCGUGCAUACGGCCGCUGCAUCCACUGAGUCCCGCUUGUCAAAGCUGCCCGUUGAGCUUCUGAAUACUAUCGUGGACCAAGUUGACGGACUCAUGGACCGGGCUGAGGCCGGGGCGCUGAGGUUAGAGCUCAUGGAAGAGCGUAGUGCGAUGACGGAGGAGAACACGGAGCAGGUCUUCGCCGUCCCAUUCAAUAUGUGUGAACACUAG